UAAUUCAGCAAACCAUUCUUGUCGUAAAAAAUUAAAAAUACAUGCCACAAUUUAAAAAUUCAUAAAUUUCUUGAAUGUAUUGGCGUGCUUACUAGCACGUACGAUGAGACCAUGUGCGAUAGUAGAAAAAUCUCCAUUCCCUUCGUUCUACGAAAAUAGUAACACGACCGUCCGAUCUAUAAUUAAACGUGGCCGCCACGUUAGCAAAUGUCGGUUUGUUCAGUACGCUAAAGUUUGCCGGCCAGUGAACGAUGUUCUCGCGAUUAGUUCAAUCUGACUAAUUAUAUCGUUGGAGUAAAAUUGAAUAAAUUAUUAAAAUUUAAUAAACAUAUCAUUUUCAUCAUCUGACAUAACUUCAUUCUCUCGACUCUCAAAUUAAUGUACUAGACCUAGAUGAGCAAAGUUUAAAUUCAAUUGGUUGAUGAUCUUGGAAGCUAAUUAAUCAUGGAGGAUGAUUUGAGGCACGGCGUAUGCCCAGUGUGUGGUAAGAACGCCACGUUGAAGUGUGCCAACUGCAAACGAGAGUUUUACUGCGACAAGUCGCACCAGUCUCAGGACUGGCCGCGUCACAAGUCCACGUGUGGCGCUUGGAAGAUAGGUCAUGACCCCGCGCUCGGACGUCACUUGCUGGCGACCAGGGACCUGUCGCCGGGAGACGUGAUCCUUUCGGAGGCGCCUCUGGUGUGGGGGCCAUCGACUCACGCGAAUCAGCGAAUCUGCGUUGGUUGCGGCGAAAAAUGCAACAACGUUGACGCGAGAUGCGGUGGAUGUUGCUGGCCGGUGUGCCGGUCCGAUUGCAAAGGGCUGUCCGAUAAGAAGAGGCAUCAGCAGGAGUGCCGUCUCCUUGCGUGCGCCAGAAUUGUUCCCAGAUGCGAGGUGCUCUUAAUAAUUCGUAUAUUGAUACUGUGGCGCGCAAAAUCACGACGUUGGAUAUCUCUGGCCAAUCUGCAGAGUCACGUGGAGUCGCGAGGACCCGGCACGGAGGCUUACGAUGAAGUGUUGAGUAUGAGCCAGCGUCUCGGGCCGUUUUUAUCGACGGCAUCCGAUUGUAAGGACGUUCUGCCGAUUAUUUGUGGCUUAAUCGAUGUGAAUGCCUUGGAGACCGCGCCGCCGGAAGGCUCGAUGGCAAUUUACGAGAACGCGUCUCUUUUGGAGCACUCCUGUAUCGCGAACACUCGACAUAGUUUUCGUAUCGACAACAAAGGCAGACCGCGUAUCACAGUAUACUCGGUCACGUCAAUUAAAAGAGGAGAACAUUUGAGCACGAUGUACACGCACGCACUUUGGUCCACGAGGGCCAGGAGGGAGCAUCUCCUUGCCACAAAAUAUUUUGCUUGCCACUGCAAGCGUUGCACAGAUCCUACGGAACUGGGCACGCAUUUAGGUACCCUGAACUGUCCCUGCAAAAACGGACUCAUGCUGCCGAACGAUCCCUUAAAUCCAAAUACUGACUGGUCCUGUGACACGUGUCCAGGAACAGUGACAUCCGCAGAAGUCGCGCUAUUGACGGAUAGACUGGAGGAAGAGGUCACGGAAGUUAUGAAGGAGGCAACUGAGCAUACCCUGUCCGUUCUUCUUUCACGGCUUACGGUGCUACUGCAUCCUGGCCAUCAGCAUUGCAUAUCCGUAAGCCACUCGCUGAUGCAACUGCUGCCGGCGACCGAUCCACGAAAGCCAGAGUUGUGCAAACGCGUCAUGGACACAGUAAACCGACUAGAUCCGUAUGGUGCUCGUCUGACGCUUUACAUGGCGGUCAUCUUACGAGAGCUCGCGACAUGUCCCGGCGAAGAUAGACAAACCCAUCUCGCCAAAGCGUCCUCGUUGCUGAAGGCGGAACCGCCGAAUUCGCCCGGUGAAAGACUCCGUAGACUCAUCGAAGUGGAAUUCUAAUCUUAGCUCACCGUAAUACGCGACAGCAGUUGUAUAUUUCUGUUAUUAUACAAUUCGAUAUGUAAAUCAGGGAAGGAUCCUUGCAGUUUCUUAUUACAAAUAAGAAAGUACACGCCAACCUAUGCGAAUAAUAAUUACUCGUCUGUCUAAAUUUUUGUUUAUUCGUUUUCUCGAGUUUGUCUAUCGCAACUACAGAUAGUCGUAAAAAUGGCAAAAAUAUUCAUUGUACUUAUUUAGGAUGAAAGGAAUACGUAUAAAAAAAACUUAAAUGUAUAAAAAAUGUAUACAUACCGUUAUACAAAUAUCAAAGUAUACGUUGAUGUACGCUUGUGAUCAAUUCGCAUUUACCGCGGAUGUCAGGCAUGUGGUUGUGUGUUCUAUUUGUGUGUAUAUGUAAACUUGUAUGAUACGUGUCGUAAAAUCUAGACUAGAUGUCUGUGCCUCUGCGACCGAUCGUAAAUAAAUCCAAAAGUAACUUUUCGUCGCGUGUAUUAUUUUUACAUUGCGCUCAGUAUUCUCACAAUUUGUUGGCAAGCAAAUACCGAGAUAAAAUAUUAUAGUUCACAUGCGAAAAUAAAAGAAGAGAUAUGUAUCGAGCGAAAUUCGUUUCGGAAAUGGUCGCCAUUUGUAUUUACCUAAAUAAAAUUUGAGAACCUAACAAAAA